AUGAACCGCCAUUUUGUAGGACCGCUCAUUCUACCCAUCGAACUAUUAGGCUCCAACAUAGCUCCCGCGACCUACCACGUCUCUGCUCUUGCCGCAUCUGCCACGCCGAAUCCCCGAGCCGGCCGCGACGGCCGGUCGCGACGUGCUGUCGGCGCCUCGAAUUAUAUGGUGGAGGAAUCGCAAGGCCAAGGCCAGGGCCAAGCUGGCCACACCAGUUCCGAGCCCGCGUCGGCCACCUCUGAGAAGCAUCCAGCCCCCGGCAGCUCGUCUGCCAACCACGACGCCGCCAGCAAGAGGCGCCGCGGCCUCGGGAUCGUGACCCCUAACGCCUGUACCGAAUGUCGCAAGAAGCGCGCCAAGUGCGACGGACAAAAGCCCUGUGGCAGGUGCAGGUCGCGAAAUGUCGACUGCGUCUACGAAAUCCCCGUCCGCCAGUACAAGGAGAACCUGCGCAGCGAGAUUGAGCAGCAGCGUCAGAGCGACUCGGUCAUCGAAGCCCUCGAAGCCGGGGCUGUGGGAGGAGGUUUUAAAUAUGCUAGGCGGCGUCAUACCCCUAGGCAGUGGCGCCGUGCCUAUUUAUCCUCGCGCAGAGUCCAGGACGAGCACGGGUACAACGCUGCUCCCGCUGUCCGGUACGGGGGUUGGAAAUAUUGGGCGCGCCGGGAGCGCAAUCGUCCCGGACGGCUUUGGCAGUGGUAUCUUGCCGUAGGCCCCGAGCUGGCACAGAAGCACGAUACGCCACCUGCUUGCCCUGUACUUUUGCUGGGAGUACUCAACUUCUGCCUAACUCAGCAAGGAAUACUUCGUGAAGAAUUUCUUCAGUGGCAGGCCCAGGUACUUCUCGCCGAUCAUGAUGAACGCACUAAUCGCCUUCGGCUGCAAGUUCUCGAACCGCCGAACACCUGGGCCAACGAGAACGACCAGAGCACCCUGGUUGACCACUUCUUCAAGGAGACCCUGCGGCUGUUCUACCGCGAAACCAACAACCACACCCUGACGACGAUCCAAGCCUUGGGCAGCAUGUCCCUUCGCGACGCGAGCUGCGGACGGGGCCCGGAAAGUUGGUGUCACGCUGGCCGAAGUGUGCGCAUGGCCAUCGAGAUGGGCUUGCACCGACUCUGUGAUGACGGCGACGAGGACGAGAUCGCCGUGCAAGGUGGCAUCUUCUGCGCCUCCCCAUCAACGAUGAGCACGCCGACCGACGAGCUGGCGAGGCUGCGGCAGGAGCCGAAAGAUGCGCAGAAUGAAAUAGACCCACCGAAAGAGAUAGUCGAGGGCCUGGAAGGGCUCAUCCGCGAGCAAAAGACUGAAAUCGGGCGACGGCGCCAGAACGAGACGAUGCUGCAGACCAGGCGGAGCUGCGGAAAAAGACGCACCCAGACACGCACCAACUUGAAGCUAAUCGGGAGCGGCAUCGUCGUGAUAGAGGCGCUGGUACGCGACCGGACCCUGCUGGUGCAGCACUUGCUCGAGACGGUGAUUAGUCGGCUGGACCGCGUCGACAGCGCGACCUCGGGACACCGUGUCUUCGACGAGAUCGACGGCUUCCUCGAGAACGUAACCAGCCACAUCAUGGGCUGCAUACAGCAGGUCAUGCAAGACGCCUCCGCCGUCAACAGCGUGGUGCGCAACAUGCGGCGCCUGCUCCCGGGCCGAGUCGACAGGAACGACCUGGAAGACAUGACGCGCCUCUUCGGCGAGGUCGAUACGUUCAAGGACGAACGUCGAGGAGCUGCUAGGGAGCAGGCGCUGGCCGGCGCGGGGGGCGGCGGGGCCAUACAAAUCGAAACGAAACAAAAGGAACCCCCCCUAGAUCACGUGCCUAGGCCAGAGAGAAAGAAGAUGACAUCCGUUGUGGAUAUGCUGAGUCAGGUGAUGGUGGCCAUGGCCGGCUUCUGGUUCGUCGACCGCCAGUGCGUCUGGUUCGAGCUCGGCGACUCCUUGACCAAUCUCGAGCGCGCAUGCAUCAGCAUCGCCAUAUUCUCUAUCGCCGUGCGAUUGGCCCAAUCCGCCGUGAGGCGCCGGCGCAUCAUCCGGGGCCGCGAUCGGGCCGCCGCCAAGAUGGGACCUCUGACCCGCAAAUGA